GACUCCGUGUUUUAUUCUGUUUUUAGAGCAGCAGCAUCACAUGUUGUUUUCCUCCAGAGAAGAUCCAAGGCGCAGCGCGUGGACCAGGCAACCCCAGCGCGCGCGGCCAGCAUGGAUUAAAGAACAUUUCAGACACGUUUUGGAGGUAUUUUAAAUCAGAUUUUUGCAGCAAAACACGACAGAUUGUUGGCGAGAAGCGUGAGAAAUGGCGAGUCCCCCUCCUACACCGACUGCGACGGGGGGACACCUGUUAUCUAACGGCGGUGUAAAGAAGUGCGGAUACCUCAGGAAGCAGAAACACGGACACCGGCGCUUCUUCGUGCUCCAAGAGGCUACGGAUAGGGUCCCCGCACGCCUCGAGUACUAUGAGAGCGAGAAGAAAUGGAGGAACAAAUCCGCGGCCAAGCGCUGCAUAACUUUGGACUCGUGUCUGUGCGUAAACAAGCGCGCGGACGCCAAACACAAGCACCUCGUCGCGCUCUACACCAAGGACGAGUAUUUCGCUGUCGCUGCGGAUAACGAGCAGGAGCAGGACAGCUGGUAUCGGGUCCUUAGCGAGCUCAUAGCCGAGGGAAAAGUCUCCCACAGCCCAGCGUCCACCUCGUCUCUGGUCGGGUUUGAAGAGUCCAGCUACGGCCCCGCGGCUCCUGUGAGCGCCCCCUACAGAGAGGUCUGGCAGGUCAACCUCAAAGCCAAGGGUUUGGGCCAAGUCAAGAACCUGGUCGGGGUUUACAGGCUGUGCUUGUCCAGCCGCACCAUCAGCUUUGUCAAACUGAACUCGGAGGCGCCCGCGGUGAGUCUGCAGCUCAUGAACAUCCGGAGGUGCGGACAUUCAGAUCACUUCUUCUUCAUUGAAGUGGGGCGCUCCGCUGUGACGGGCUCGGGGGAGUUCUGGAUGCAGGCGGAGGACUCGGUGGUGGCGCAGAACAUCCACGAGACGAUCCUGGAGGCGAUGAAAGCCAUGAGGGAGCUGUCCGAGUUCCGCCCGCGGAGCAAGAGCCAGUCUGCCAGCACCAACCCCAUUUCUGUCCCGACUCGACGCAACCUCAAUAACCUCCCGCCGAGCCAAACUGGUCUUGUGCGCCGCUCGCGCACGGACAGUACAGCCGCAAUGUCACCGGGCAGAAAGUUCACCUCGUGCCGCGUGCGCACAUCGAGCGAAGGCGACGGGAGUGUGACGCGGCCCAUUUCCAUGUCUAUCCCGAUCAGCGGAAGCCCCACGAGCCUUGGGAAUCAUGUGAUCCAUGCUCACAUGCUGAGCAGCGGUCGCACGUGCAGGAUGCUGGAGUCGAACCACAGCCGCUCCAUGUCCGGCUCCAGCUCUCCUCCGGCUGUGUCCAGUCCCCUCAGCGCCUCUCCACGCGCCCCCACAGCAGUCUCCAGCGCGCUCUCCACUCCAGACAAAACGCGACGACCGUUCAGCUGCAGCGGCUCCAUCUGCGGCUCCCUGAGCGAUAACACCUUCAUCCUCUGCGACGACCUGAGCUCCAGCCCGAGCGAGGCACGCUUUAUGCCGCUGAUGAGAAGCGAUACGCCUGAGUCUGUGUGCAGCACACCGCCCUCUAGAGACGCGAGCGAGCCGUGCGCCUACAUGAUCAUGGAAGGCUCCAAAUCAGCUGGAAGCAGUGACAAAGCUUACCGUAAGAGGACGCACUCCCUCACAACGCCGCGGCAGCAGAGAGUGGUCGCUCCUUUGUCCUCAGCCUCCUUGGAUGAGUACACUUUAAUGCGGAUGGGUGAGAAUUCACAAUCUGCUUCUCCGAAAGUCUCCUAUCCCGAAGAUUACUGCGACAUCGAAAUUGGAUCAUUGCAUAGUUCUAACGGCAACUUGGUCGAUGAUGGUUACAUGCCGAUGACUCCAGGUGUCGCACAGCAAUCUCAAACUCCGAAAGUUGACAGUUAUGUUCUGAUGAGCCCGAUGUGUGUGUCUGCUCCAAAGCAGAUUGUGAAUCCAAGAGUGCAUCCCCAAGUGGCAAGCGGUGGCAACUACAAAACUAACUCUCCCUGCGGCAGUUCUCUUGAAGACAGCGGAUAUAUGCGGAUGUACUGCGGCUCUAAGUCGAGCAUGGACAGUCCAGAUCGCCACGGGGAGUAUAUGAACAUGUCUCCAGGAAACCCACCUCCGCUCCAAACUCCUCCCGACUAUUUCAUGAACGAAAACAUGCGACCAAUGCCGUACCAGACAAAUUCACUAACUCUGCCCGCGAGACUUCCCACAUCCACGAACGAAGACAAUCAGUACGUUCUGAUGAGCCCGCAGAAUUACCGGCAAAGAAGCAGUGAUUCUGACUACUACUCGGUGAUGCAGCCGAGCCAGAACUCCUCGCUGACCUUCUCGCCUAUACGAAAUGCCCGCCCCGAUAGCACCCCCUACAGAGGACGUGUCGGAAGGCCAAACAGGCUGUCUUUGGAUGCGGUGAGGACGCUUCCGAGUAUGAACGAACACCCAAACAAUGAACCUCGGAGUCCAGGAGAAUAUAUUAACAUUGAAUUCAACCCAGCACAUUUUUCACCACCUUCUACAGUAUCAACAGAGAGUCAAGCAUCCUCUUUAGGGUCCAACAGUGGCGGUCCAAGUGAUUAUAUGAACCUAGAUCUGAGCGCAAAAGAAGAGGCAGAGGAGCGCGAAGAGUUUGAAAAUCUGACUCAAGAACGGGGACAUGAACCAAAAAGUGAUUAUCAAGAGAUGAGCUUUGGGAUGACCAGUUCACCUCCACAGAUGGUGCCACAAAACUCUGCAAGUGGUCGCCUACCCCUCUCUCCUUUACUCUCAGCCCCACACAAGGAACACCAAGUCAGGGUCUUCCACCUGGACCCCUCUCCUGACCUGGACCGCUCUGCUAAAGUGAUCCGGGCCAAUCCAACAGGUCGGAGACGCCACAGCUCCGAGACCUUCUCCUCUACUGCCACCAUCACUCCCGUGUUCCCCUCCUUUGCCCAGAAAACACCCCAAAAACGGCACAGCUCUGUGGAAAACCUGUCCUCCAGAUCCAGCGAUGGGUCAGACGAAGAGGCCAGCUCGGGCAGCCCGACGGGCCAGAGCGGAGCAGCGAGGGCGGGAAGGGCGGAGUACGCAGCCAGCCUGAACUACCUGGCUCUUCUGGAGGGGAAGCAGGAGGAGAUGGUCGGAUUUAAGGCGGCACAGAGCUGUAAAGGAGUCGUGAACGGACUGCAUGCUUCGCCCUACGUCUGUCUGGGCUUCAAGGAGGCUGCCACCACUGCAAAAGAUUGAAAUUGUCAUAACUCUUGGAUCUUUUUGGAUCGAUUAAACUACUGCUCACAUGUGUUCAGAUCCUGGACUCUGUAUUUUUGGCUCUGGUUUGAACCGUGCGGGGCCCUUAAAGACUGCUGGACAGAGCCUAUGCACCUCCUGGUUCACUUCUCCAUAUGGUACCUUUUUAUUUAUGGACUUUAGAUCACAAUACACUGAAAAUAAAUAUGACAGUUAUUUAUUUUUUGAGAACUGAAUGUUAGAUAUUCCAGUUGCCUUAAUGUCAAUAAUGUGUUUUCUAUGUUCUCUGUGGAAAUCUGGAUAUUCAUUUGAGGCUGCUGCAGUAUUGAGUCAUUUUAUAACUAAUUUAUUUUUGCUCACAGAAGUCUAUUUUAAAGUCUAUUUUAAAUGCAUGUGUUGUACCAGAUGCACUGCAAUCCUCAACACUCCCAGUUUUACACUUAAAGUCACACAUUUUAAAGGGCCCAUAUUAUGAGAUUCUCUGAUCUCUGUUCUAAUGUUUCCUCAUCACAAACACCUGGAGUUUUGUUUUAUUCACAUAAGUUUGGCAGUUUGAUUUUACACAAAAAUGUGAGAGUGACUCAGAAAAACUGUUGGCUAAUGCUAAUGCUAGCUAGCUUGUGACUGAUGUUAUUUGAGAGGGACUUGUUUAACAGCGCGGAUCAUCUGUCCUGUUGUAAUUCCAGCUAAAUCAGUUCUUUCUUUCUUUCUGGGCAGAUUGUGUUAAAAUAAAACUCAGAUUAAAGUCUAUUAGAGCUUCUAACAGAGUAGUGCCUUCUGUUAGCAUCACACCCCCAGGGAAUGUUGAUGACAUCACCUGCAAACUGUCAGUAGUGCUCCACUGUGUUUUUAAACUCCAUACACUGUCACCCUGGGAUUUCCAAUCUGAACUAAAGAUAAAAGCAGCUGUUCCACUUUAUGAUAUCACAAGGUGGAACAGAGCAUUUUGAGCUUUGGAGAUGUAGACAGACUAAUAAUAAAGUGUUAAACAUGUGUAAAUGAAACAAAACACCACUCCAGUGUGUUUUUGAGGAGGGAUUUUUCUAUAUUAUUUUGUGUGAUAUAGAUUUUAAAUUGAAUUUUGGCUCGGUUUUGUGAUAAGAAAAUGGUGAAUCUUAGUUUGGAGACAAGGGGGUGAAGCCAGAAAUUAUGAAUAUGAAAUUUUGGCAAAAAUGUGGAGGAGUUUGAGAAUAUUUCUGUGUAAUAUUUGAAUAAAAUGUAAGGUACAAUAUAAGCGUACAAAGUCCUGCAGAAACUCAGCGAUGGAAUACACAAGAUUUAAAAGCAGCUACGAAACACAAAAUGUGCUCUACCCACAUUUGAUUUCAAUGAUUACAUUUGAUCAAAAUGUUGAUGUAUUUUUAAUCUAAUCCAAGACAUUUAUCCCUUGAAUUAUAAUUGUAUUAAUUAAUUUUUAAUUGGGAUUUCUUACAUAAAACCUUUAGGGAUCUUUAUUAAGAUGAAACUGUAAAAUGACUUGUAAAGUUCCGAUUUGGAAUUGUGUUUGUGUCCAUUUAUUUUCUAUGAAAUAAUAAAUCCAGUUAGCAGUUAUACCAGUCAUAAUAUUUAAAUCAAAGAACUGCCUUUUGUAAGUACUUAAAGGUUGUAAAGGUUAAUAUUUGUAAUGAUAACAAAAUGGCUAAAUGUUUUUGUUUUUUUGUUUUUUUACAAUCUCCAAUUUUAUCUAAAAAAUUAGAAAUUGAUUUUGAAACCAACAAAAUGCCCACCAAAAUGUACCAUAAUAUAUAUUUUUAUAGUAAUAUAAUGUUAAUAAUUUUGCUUAACAAAAGUGUUAUUCUCAAAAACCAUUAGUCCUUAUAAUUAUCCCCGCCUCCGUCUGACCCCUCCCUCUUUAUGUUAAUCACACAAUGGAACGUUUUUCACUCAUCUGAAUGUAUUUAAGUCGACAGAGAUAUUACACAUAUUUGAUGCUGUCUAUUUAUUUGUGAUGUAUAUUUUGUACAUAAGGAAAGAAUUUAAGAAUUAUCAAAAAAUCUAUUAGAUUUUGGCUACGAUUUUUAAAAAAUAUUUUGCUUUGGGAAUUAAUAUAUUGCAUUGCUUUUUCCUUUAUGUGAAAUGUAAACGUUUAAAUGUCUAUUUUUAUGAAGCUAGCGAUCUCUGCCUUUACCUGACAGCUUAUGCAAUAGAGCAAAUCUAGAGUUUACAAACAGGAAACCAAAUUAUAACCAUAUAUUGUGGUAAACAUGCUUUUUGGAUGUUUUAUUUUUGGAGAAAUGUUUUAGUUUGAUCCAGUUUGGUGGGUUCAGCGGCAACUUGAAUGUGCGGUCUUCCACUGUACAUAGAAAUAUAUAUAAAAUUAUGUCAGAGAUGGCUAAAGCUAGUCCAGUAUUUGAAAUUAUCAUGAUAGAGGUCUAAAUAAAUGAAUUUAUUUAAACAAGUAC